CGGGCGGGGAGCAGGGUGGACGCACUCUCCCGCUCCUCUCUCUCUCUCUCUCUUUCCCUCUCACCCCUUCCCCGCUCUCUCACACACGACAGUCAAGAUGUGAGGCGCUGGGCCAGCGCCUUCCAAUGCUAAUACGCGUCAAGUUCGCUGUUUCCAUCUGUGAUCUCAACUGUGAUAAUGCCGAAAGGUUUCCUGGUGAAAAGAAGAGAAGACAUGAGUGCUCUGGACUUGGUGCCGUACAGACCGUGGCGGGAUGCCCGUCUGCUGGCGGAGCAAGAGGAACCGGUGGAUUUCAGCCUACGGACUCUACGAGAGAGCCAAGGCAGAGACGACAGGCUGCACGAGGAACUUCAGCAGGUACGUGCCGACGAUUACGUGGAGGUGGUUAAAGAAGCAGUGCGGGGCUCAGAGAAGGGAAGUCGUUUGCUGGUCAGGACUCCGGACUCGGGCUUCAGUAGUCCCUCUGACGGCGACUUCUACAGGAGAUCCGUGUGUCACACACCGUCGGCACGCCUGCCGCCCAAGCUCCACCCGGAGGCGGUGACCCCGUGCGAGGUGGAACAGACGGCGCCUCUGGCACUCAUCAAGAGAAAACCCUCGUCGGAGGACCUGAGCACCGCCCUUCACGUCUCCACCGUGCACAGCCCUCCGGAGCCCGGCCAGUUCCAGCCCUUCCAGCUGACCAUCCCGAGACUGGAGGACCCGCGGUACGUGAUCCCCCCGCAGACCAGCCCCUACCACCUGUUGUCUCCCACGCUGUACUGGCCGCAUGGCUCCUCGCCCCUCAGGUCACCAAUCCCCUUCACCUCUCCCCUCGGCCGCUCGCCCUACGACCUCACCCCUGUGCCCCUCCAGAGUCCCCAGGAGGGUCUCAACCUCAUCACCCGUGCCCCGGGCUCCCCUCGCCUCAUCACCCCCAUCAAGGUGCCGCCCAAGUCCCCAGGAUCCAGCGCCACCACGCCCCAGAAGCGCAAGUCACCCUCCACCUCCGGAACUUCUGAAAAGAAGUUAAAAACUUCCAAGAAAAGCAAAGCUGCGCGGCGUCUGAACUUCGACGAGGACAAGACGUCGCCGGUGUCGGGAACCAUCAUCAGGGAGCUGGCCGAGGGCGAGGAGCCGCUCGUGGUGAGGAAGGGCGACAUCGACCCGGCCUACAACGUCGUUGAGAUCACAGAAGAAGCCAAGGCCGAGCUAGCUAAGAUCGACAACAAGAUCGGCGACUACGUGUGUCGACUCUGCAAGGAGAUGUACGACGACGCCUUCGGUCUGGCCCAACACCGGUGCUCCCGCAUCAUCCACGUGGAGUACCGGUGUCCGGAGUGCGACAAGGUCUUCAACUGCCCCGCCAACCUCGCCUCCCACAGGAGGUGGCACAAACCCAAGACCGCCGUGACGACGACCACCUCCGUGCCCAGCACCAGCGCCGCCCCCGGCAAGUGCGAGACGGACGCUCUCCCCGGCAAGAGCUACACGGAGAACAACAACAACAGCAGCACCAGUAACAACAACCUCCUGAAGGGUCCUCCGGCGCUGGUGCCCCUGCCACAGUUCAUGGCCCUCGCCAGGGACGACGACUCCGAGGAGCAGUUCGAGUGCGAACUGUGUUUCAAGAAAUUCAAACGUCAGUCGUACCUUCGGAAGCACCUGGCGACGCACCGCGGGGACCCUGGCGACGCUGACGGUGCAGGACCGUCUCACGCCCGUCAGCCGCCUGCCCUGGCGCCCCUCUUGUCCCCGCACUUCCCCAGCGAAGUCCUGCCUUGUCACCUGUGUGCCGCCGCCUUCUACACCCCCGCAGCUCUCGAGCUACACCUCGAGACGACCCACAUGCCUAAGCUGGAGCCUCCAACCGCCACCCAGCUGCACAUCCCUCAGUUCUCACCUCAGGGGCUCGUCCCGACGCAGCCGCCACCGCCCCACCUCCUUCACCGCCCCCACCAGAUCUCCGCGCCGACGUAACUUUCCGGCGAUCACCCCCCCUCUCCCACGUCUCCCUCGGUGCUACAGAAGUCCAGCGGACGUCACCAAGAAGACAUCCCAGGGCGUCUGCAGACUUCCCAACGGCAGGCGGGUCAGCCAGCGAAGUCGUCUGCUCUACCCCCGGUCUCAGCGCGGCGUCAAGGCAGGUCCUCCUCCUCCUACGGGAUCCUCACCCCAUCACUCAGCUCCUCCGGCAGAUCAGGUAUCAGUCCCCAGGCUCCCAUAUACCCCAGCCAUCUCCCCCUUCACUCUGACUCACCGUGGUACUCUCCUCCUCCUCCUCCUCCUCCCUCUAAAAAGUCGCGUCACUGGCCGUUGUCUUAGACCAUUUGUAUAUUUCCAUGUAUCCAGAUUUACUUAUAAAAGACAACUCGGAACACUUCAGAUGUAAGACUCAACUCCUAUAGCCUCGCGCACGUGUGUUUGGGGCCAUCAGCUGUGCGCGUUCAAUCAAUGGCGGAGUGGGUUUCAUUGACAAUUUUUUUUCCCCACCUUGAGUGUUGCUGUAGGUCGUAGCCCGCCCCAAACCGUCACUUUCACGACCUGUCAACAGGGUGACAAUGCUGUCAGUGUGUGUGUGUGUGUGUGUUAUUCCAGUCCUGGUGAUUGAGAAGCUCUCUGAGGCCCGUAUUGAUCUCACUGUUAAUAACCCAUUUAUACGGCGCCGUGAGAGCUCCUUUCAAUGCCAGUAUACUUGCAGUCGUUCUUUAUUUAUGACAUAAUGUAUUCUGGCCUUAUUCUUUAGCAUAUGAUGAAUUCUGGUCGUAUUCUUAAGUAUAUGAUGAAUUCUGGUCGUAUUCUUAAGUAUAUGAUGAAUUUUGGUCGUAUUCUUAAGUAUAUGAUGAAUUCUGGUCUUAUUUUUAAGCAUAUGAUGAAUUAUAGUCUUAUUCGUAAGCAUAUGAUGAAUUCUGGUCAUGUUCUUAGCCAUAUGAUGAAUUCUGCUAUUUUUCUUGAGCGUAUGACGAAUUCUGGUCUUAUUCUUAAGAAUAUGAUAAAGUCUGGUCUUAUUCUUAAGAAUAUGAUGAAUUAUGGUCUUAUUCUUAAACAUAUGAUAAAUUCUGGCCUUAUUCUUAAGCAUAGGAUGAAUUUGGGUCUUAUUCUUAAGCAUACGACGAAUUCUGGUCUUGUUCUUAAGCGUAUGAUGAAUUCUGGGCUUAUUCUUUAGCAUGUGAUGAAUAUGGUCUCAUUCUUAAGAAUACUGAUGAAUUUGGCCAUUGAUCUCAAGUUUAAAACCAAUAAUGUUGGUAUUAAUCUCAAGGUUAUUUGUGGCCUGCCCAGGUAACAAAUCCUGAAAUUGAUCUCAAGCUUAUCACUAAAUUCAACAAAUUGAUCUCAAGCUUAAAGGUUAGUUUGGCGUUAAUCUCAAAUUUACGAUUAAAUUUGGCCACUUGUCAUGAUGAACCAGAAGCCGUGCAAGUUGCCAGAUAGUCUCAUCUCUCAAAUUCAAGUGUGAUUAUUUGUACAGAUCAUUCUGGUUAAAAUCUGGACUUAAUUUUCUACUGAAAGGGGCGGUAUUUCUAAUAAUAUUUUAAUUUUUUUUUCUACAAAUAUUGAUCUUACGGCUUCCUAAACUCUUAAUUAUUUCCCAGUUGUCACUUAAGGACUAAUUGUUUUGGUAAGAAUUAGCUUGUAUGAUUAUUGAAUCAGUUUCAAUCGAGUACCUGAUGAUACCAUAAGGACCACAGGAUUAGAUUCCCUAUAUUAGACUCAAAGCCAAUAUAUGGACAAAGAACGAUAGGACGAAACGAGGCCAAUGUUAUUAUUACGUGAUAUUAACGCGGUUAUCACAUGAUCUUAAUGUUAUCAUGUAAUACUGACAAUAUUUUCCUGUGAUACUAAGAACUAAAAUUUAGAUAUCUAAUGAUGCUAUGGACAGUGGUCAACAAGGCUUGUUCUCGAGUUGCAAACUAUUGCUCUUGGGUAAUUAAGUGUUGAACAACAGUUUAGUAGCGCUGGAUAAGAUAUGAUUGUUCAGUAAUUAGCGUAGGUUAUUACUGUUCAUUACUCACUGAUCAUCAAAAUGUUCAGUCAGUGAGUAAUGUGAAAUGGUUUAAAUUAUUCUGUCUUGACUUCUACAAGAUUAUUUAGUGUUAUGUGUACUAACGAAUCGUGGUUUAUUGACACGAAUUAUUGGCUAUAAUUAUAGCGAUUAUCGUUACUGCUGUUAUAUAUCACGGAUGAUAUAAUAUUGGCCCUCGUUGUGCCAAGAGUGGUUAAUGCCGCUCUUGGGUUGUUCAGCCCCGUGCACCAGCUUAAUUGAUUGUUCUUUGUGUGUGUGUGCGCGUGUGUGUGUAUUUGGAGUUUUCUCGUGUGUUCAUUUUGGUUAUAUAUCUUUAUAAGGUUUAAUAUUAGCAUAUUAGUUUUAUGAUUAUUAAUUAUUAAUGGUGAAAUUUAGCAAGGGGGAACGCAGGAAUUGUGUUCUUGUAUUUUGUUGUAUGUAUUAUACAGUACAAUACACCAGACGAUGCAUACAUAUAUUUGAUCCUUCAUAGACAAGCCGAAGUUGAACGCUCGCAAUCGUUUUCGAUAUUUAUCUUUGAGUUUCGUUCCCUGGAAGCUCAUUGCUUCAGCUGUGGACGAAAAGGAAAAAAAAUAAUCGAUUUCUAGCCUAGUGGGCAAAGGUUAGGCUUCGCGCCACGCUCACUCUCCGUGAAUUAAAUUUUUGGGAACUUUGGCAUCAAUAAGUUUGAUCUAUAUCAGGUUAGUUAUUACUAAGAUAAGUUAUCGGGAUCAUUAAUUAUUACGAAUGCGAUUUCUCGGGAUUGUUAUCAUGUUUUUUAUUUAUCGUCUCGUUAUAAUGAACCUGAUUUCUCAAUUUCGCUAUUAUGAAUUUUAUAUAAGAGUUCGCGGCGAAGAGGGCGUUUAAAAUGAGGGUGUUCGUAAGAGAGAAUAUGAUGUGUCGAGGUCAUUAUAACAGGUGAAAUAAAUUGGAUUCAUUAUAAUGAAGACGGAUGAUUCAGUUCAUUGUUAACAGAGGUUCGGUUUGCUCGAAACCAUUUGUUUUUCAAGGGCGAAAUAACGAAGCCGUUCCAGCUGCCGAACGAUAGAUACCCCCCAGUCCCACUGGUGUCAUACCCCCCUCCUCGCCCCCCAUUGCCGCCCUCCUGCCCCAGUCCCCCUCUUUUUCCACCCCCCACCAUCAUCCCUCCCCCCCCACCCUAGCAGACCUACCGUGUCAUAUUCCAUUCUCUCUCUCUGAGGAUCGAUUAUUUUUUUGUAUACUCCCCCUAUUCUUUGUCCUCACCAGCCUCCAGAUACCCAAUUACUGCCUCCAGUGGGGCAACUCCAGUCACUGGUGACGGCUGGGCUAGAGAGCAGUGCUGG